GGAGAUAAGAAAGGGGUUGUGUUUCUGUUGGGGCGGAGCCGAGUAACUGUCACUCACGCUAGUUACCCAACAAAAUGGGCGUUCCUUCUCGGCGCUCUGACCAAUGAGAGGAAUCGCUCCUGUAGUCACCAUGGUGACGGGGUUGUGUCCGGGGAGGCUGUGAUGGGUUGACAGGUGCGUGACAAUCGGAGCUCUCUGCAAGCAUGUACGCCAAAGGCAAGAGUAACAACGUACCGUCCGACAGCCAAGCGAGGGAAAAUCACCCAGGCGAGAGGCCCUCGAAGAUCCACGUCAGCGGGCUUCAGGCAGAGAUGGCCCCUUGCCCCGCUCCCUCGGGGAGACAGCAGAGUCUGGCUGUGGAAGAUAAUAGCAGGUUAGCACUCUACGUGUAUGAGUACUUGUUACAUGUAGGAGCCCAGAAGUCGGCACAGACCUUCCUGUCAGAGAUAAGAUGGGAGAAAAACAUAACGUUAGGAGAGCCUCCAGGAUUCUUACAUUCAUGGUGGUGUGUAUUCUGGGAUUUGUAUUGUGCAGCACCUGAAAGGAGAGAAACCUGUGAGCAUUCCAGCGAAGCCAAGGCAUUCCAUGACUACAGUGCAGCGGCAGCUCCGAGUCCUGUCCUUGGAAACAUGCCCCCAGGAGAGGGUAUGCCAGUCGGCCCCGUUCCUCCGGGCUUCUUUCAGCCGUUCAUGUCAUCACGCUAUCCUGGCGGCCCCAGGCCACCUCUCAGAAUACCCAAUCAGGCAUUAGGUGGAGUCCCUGGAAACCAGCCGUUAUUACCCAGUGGCAUGGACCCAUCAAGACAACAAGGUCAUCCAAAUAUGGGCGGAGCUAUGCAGAGAAUGACUCCGCCCAGAGGGAUGGUUCCUCUUGGGCCACAGGCAUAUGGAGGGGGCAUGAGACCACCACUCAAUGCUCUUGGAGGUCCUGGGAUGCCUGGGAUGAAUAUGGGUCCCGGAGGAAGACCGUGGCCAAAUCCACCAAACUCCAACUCGAUCCCGUAUUCAUCAGCAUCUCCAGGGAGUUAUGUGGGUCCACCGGGUGGAGGAGGGCCCCCAGGGACUCCCAUCAUGCCUAGCCCUGCAGACUCGACAAACUCGGGAGAAAAUAUGUACACCAUGAUCAACGCAGUGCCGCCCGGAGGAAACCGGCAAAACUUCCCUAUUGGUCCUGGAGGAGACGGUCCGAUGGGAGGCAUGGCGGGAAUGGAGCCGCAUCACAUGAAUGGAUCUUUAGGGUCAGCUGACAUGGACAGUAUGCCUAAGAACUCUCCCGGUAACCUAAGCAUGAGCAACCAGCCGGGAACACCACGAGAUGACGGAGACAUGGGCGGAAAUUUCCUCAACCCUUUCCAGAAUGAGAGCUAUUCUCCAAACAUGACCAUGAGUGUGUGAAGACCUCGUUUGGAAAACCAGGUGGAUUCCACCACAUGACACAGGACUUGUGCAAGCGCGCUGUAGUAGCCAGGCCUCUUCUGCUCUCUGAAGAAUAUGGGUCCAAGCCUCUCCUUUCUCUCUCCUUCUUUCGUUUAUUCUGUUUUCAAAGAUCAUUCUUUCACCUCCUCGGCCGCGUCAUACCGAGGGACAACGCUGGGGCGAGAAUGACGAACCAACAACCUGUCUAUAUUUACGUAUAUCUUUGUGUAUAUAUGUGGGUGUACAUUCAGAAUUACAUGUGCAUGUGUGUAUGAGAGGACGUAUAUUGAUCCUUGUACGAGCUUGAAAGAAAGACUAUGGACUUGUACUCUGUUUUUAACGAAAACAAAUCAUAUUUUCAUGAAAUAUGAUGUAAAUGGACAGAUCUACGUAAAUGUAUUUAUCGAAGGAAACACUUGAGAUGCAAUGGGGGUCGAGCUCGUAAAAUGACAGAUCAGGUUACCUUGUGCAGAAACACAAUGAUACAAAUUUCCCAGCAAGCACGCACUGUAAUUGAUUCAUAAUUGUCUUUGUGUCAUCGGCGAGAGAGUUUGAUUCGUAUUUUAUUGAAACUGGCCGAGCUGUCGCUAACGGAGAUGUGUAUGUAAUUCCAACUGACGUCUGUAAUUUAUCAUUUCGUCCUGCAGACAUCUGUGCUCCUCCAAUGCAGUCUGAUCAACACCCUGGAGUUUUGUCUGUAUAUAGAGGAGAUUUUUAUUUUUCAGGACGAUGCCUACGAAGAACAGCCAUUCCAUAUGUACACUUAAAAAAACCCAUUGUGCACCGUUUUGCCGUUUUAAUUUGGGGACGCGAACGGGACGUCCUCCGGAACUGAACUGAGCAACUACACAAGAUCGUCAAGCAUAUUUCUAUCAUGUUUUGAAAAUACUUCUAAUCACGUGACGUACACAGAUACAGCGUUUACUGCUCUUAUAUUACAACGUUUUCUUUGUGAAAAUCUUUGCAUGUGAAUACGGGAAGCAAGGACGAUUUUAUGGGAAAAGGAGACUGGUCCAUUUAGAGGAGGGGCACAUGGAUGGGAAUUAUAAUUCCGUACAUCUGUCAUUCUAAUAAUCAACUUAUUUAUACAGCCGUUGUUGUGUCACCCGGAGAAACUGUGAUUUGCUUUGCUUUUUUUUUAUUUCAAGUGGAAUUAUUAUUAUUAUUAAUAUUAUUAUUGCGAAAUUUAGAAAAAAUAUAUAUACAUGUGAAUUUUUUUUAUAGCUUGGGGAUCUGAUUAAUCUGUGUCUCUGUGAAUUAUUUAAAACAAUACUGUACAAUAUCUGAGGUGUUUUCGUGUUUAUUUGUAAUAACAUUUGCCCUUUUUUGCCCCAGAUGUUUGCCUGAUGACAAGAGACCCUAUCAUAAGUGUUUUUUUUUUUCAUUUGACUUAUUUGAUGUUUAAUUUUUGAUUUUGUGAAGUGUUCAUUUUCUACCUUGUGUUGACUUUUGUAAAUACACAGAGAAGUUUUGUAUAUACUAUACUGAUAUAAAGCUUCUCAUUGCUGUUUAACAGACUGUCA